AUCUCUUGGAGUAGAUACCAAGGGUUCGCGCCAGAUUUCUAAAGUCUUUUUCAUUUUUAUAAUUCAUGUACAAUAUCUAAAAAUGCCGCUUCUAGGUAAAAAGGUAUUUACCAUAGGAGCUAAUUCUCCAAAAAAGGAAUCAGAGGAUGCGCCGUAUAUGAUACCGCACACCAAAGAACGUUUUCAAUCCAAGUCUGAAUAUGAAAAGCGUAAAGACCUGUACUCUCAAAAUAUAUGGACUUGUCGUGCCACCGGACAUACCAACCUAACACAUGAAGAAGCUUAUAAAUCAGAGAUCAGCAUAACAGAACAACUUUCCUCACAGUUCCCUAAGUGUUUUGAGAAAGAUGUACUUGAAGUUGUGCAUCAUAAUACUGUAAGUUUAGAAACAUUGGUUGAUAAAGCUUGGUGGAAACUACACCAACAAUUUGUGGUCGGGGAAAAAGUGAAUCUGAAGGUUAAAGUUGCCGACAGGCUUAUUCCUGCUAAAGUUAUAGCUGUUGACAGCAGUCAUUCUGAAAACAAAGCAAAUGGUUCAUGCAAUUCACCAUCAAGUGACAAGGAAAACAGCACAGAUGAAAAAGAGAAAGAUCAUUCACCUAAAAAAUGGGUUCCUCCUAAGAUGUUGCCCUACAACUACAGUAUUGAACUUGAAAAUGAAGCCAAAGUGAUCCAUUCUGUUCCAGGAGCUGAUCUGCAGCGUGUAGAGAAGGCUCCGUCCAAAGAUCUAUUGCGACUUUUUAUACGGGUAUCAGCUCUUCGCUCAGGAACUACGGCCACUAGUCCUUGGGUUGUUAAUGCUGAUUUAGUGAAACAGUAUAAACUUGUUAGCAAAUUUGCUGAUUUUUUCCUCUCCCCUGUUAAGAUGUCAGAAGCUCUUAAAAAAGCUGAAGAAAAUGGAAAUAAAAGAAAAUUAUCAAAUGGAGCCUGCAAGUCUGCUGCAAAGAAAUUAAAACUUGAUAAAUCAGGAGAAAAAUCAAAGAAAGAACAGCAACUCAAAACUGUCCAGCUUAACAAGAAAGUGAAAGAUAAGGACUCCACACCUAAAUCUAAAAAAGAUAAGUCUACCCCAAAACAGAAAACACCACUGAAAAAAAUUUCAGCCUCUCCGAAAAAGAAGUCUCAAGAUUCAGCCAUUGUUGUAUCUGACACUGAUUCUGAAGAUGGAAUUACCUUAGCCAAGCUCAAACGCCAGAGUUCAGGAGCCAAUGGGGGUUCAGAUGUCCCCCUUUCCCAGCUAGCUGAACAAAGCACCCCGAAGAAAAAGAAGAAAGGUAGUGAAUCCAGUGAUGAAGACAUACCCCUCAGCAAAAUCACCCCUUCCACCCCUAAAAAGCUCUCCCCUAAGAAAAUGACCACAGGCACCCCAAAAAAACCGGUCUCGUCCAAUAAUAAAAAUAAUACAUCUUUAAAAAAGAGCACUAAAAAGAAAAAAGAUAAAGAUGCGGAUAAAAAGAAAGGAGGGAUGAAACAAGUGACACUGUACGAUUUGACUAAAAAAGGGAAAACUGUUGUUUCCACGCCACAGAAAAAAUCCCCUCCAAAAACGCCCAAAUCGCCAUCUAAGCCCCCACCAACACCAGCGAUUGUGCGCAGACUUCUAAACAUGAAGAGGGAAACACUGAACGAGAAGAUGAAAUACUCCAUGCUGCUCAAGAAAGCCGUGUCUGUCUUAACUGCUGCGCAGAUUAAGAACUUGCCAGAUAAGCUCAAAGAUGAGUUUGAGCACAAAAAACGCUUCAUCGAAGAGAAGCAAAAAAUGGCUAAAAUGACACCGGAGGAGAGGGAAGCUUACCUGAAAGAGAAAAGAGAACAGGCAAAGCAGAUCCAGAAGCAGAAGCUGCUCCAGAAGUUGAAGGACAAGAGAAGAAGAUUUGAGGACACUGACCUUGACCUGACGCCGUUACCCCAAGCCACUCUGGUCCCCACGCCCGAUGGCUUCCCCAAUACAUUGUUUGGGGAUGUUGCCAUGGUGACGGAGUUCAUUAACUGCUUUGGUGGUCUGUUGAUGCCAGAAUCUGAAUAUCCUAUUUACACUGAUGCCUUAAUGAAAGCUCUGGUUGGCGGUUCUUCUGGGUUUACUUACUUGUCACGAGUACUAAACGUACUUUUACAAACACUGCUACAGGAUCAAAUUGCCAAGGGAUAUAAAGAACUCAAUACACAGUUAUCUGAUAUAGCAGUGAGUGCUUAUACAGCUUCUGAACUGGUGAGACUGUGUUUGCGCUGUGAAGAUAAGGAAGAAGAUGAAAAUGAAGGGGAUGUCCCUGAAGAAUACAUCCACUUAUUAAAGGAUUCAGAAUUUUAUCAACUUGAUGUUGAACAAAAAUUAUGUGUGUUACGAGGGUUAUGUUCACGUGUGCUAGCCACAUACUCUGUUCAAGAUUAUAUGGAAGAGCAACAGCGUGCAGCAAAUGUUCUUACGAGGCAAAAAAAUACAGAAAUGAAACAAAUAGCUGCACAAAAAAAAACUGGCAAACAAAAUACACCAGGGGAUAAAACAGACAAGAAAGGCAAGGAAGACAAGCCUGCAGUAACACAGUCGGGCACCCUCAGUAUAAAUAGUUUUUACGGCAAGGAGGAAGAGGACAGUGCCGAGGAUUCCACCAACUGGAGAUCCAUUGUGAAGAGACGCAGGGAGUUGGCAGCCAAAGCAGCAGCUGAGAAGGAGAAGCUUGAGAAAGAGAAGAUGGCAAUGAGGCAAAAAGAAUACCAGGAAGAAAAGCAGAAGGAAAAGAUGAGGAAAAAGCAGGAACAAAUAGCUGAGGCAAUCAAUUUGGCAAGAAUGGUUUUAAGACAGGAAACUGUUGGCACGGACAGAAAUCACGACAGAUAUUGGGUGUUCACAAAUACAACACCUGGAUUAUAUGUUGAGAAAGGCUGGAUGGGUGAGGAAGUGAACUACAGUGUAAAGGUUGAAGUUCCUAAGGGUGAUUCUGAUGAAGAGGAAUCCUCCGAGAGUGAUGAAGAGGAGGAGGAGGACAAUUCUGCUGUUAAAGAAGAGAACAGUACAGCCCCUCAUAAAACUGUGUACAGAGCCAGGAGACAUGUCAUAGAAAAAAGUAUACCUCAUGCUGGGCAAAAUCUGUGGUUUACAUAUCGAUCUCAGAAGGCCCUAGAUGGGCUUUUAAAAGCCUUGCACCCUCAGGGUAUCAGGGAGUCUCAGCUUAAGACAGAGAUUAAACGUCGGUAUGAUGAUAUAUCAAGAGCUAUAGUCCAGGCCCAAAGAACAAACCUUGAGUUGCGAGAUUCAGACGGGGAUGUAGAGAUGAUGGCUGGAUUUAAGAAGGAGUUGUCUGACAUGGAGCUCCGUCUGAGAAAUGGUGGUCUUGGAGGCGUUUCUGACUUUGAUGAGUGGGAGUCUAAGUUGAUGGAUGCAACAGAAAUUGCUGAUAUGAGUGAAUGUUUGUUACAAGUUAAAGAUGGAAUUUUAGAGAAAUUCCUUCAAGGUUUUAUGAAGCCCAGUAACAAAUCAAGUGAAACCGAAAAGAAAGAAGAAAUAAGCGAUGAAGAAGGCAGCAAAAAUAAUGAUGUGGUCACAGAAAAACACCCAGAGAGGGAGGCAAAGAGGGAGAAAUCAAUCAGAGAGUGGAGAGAGGCAGUGGAAGGGUGUCAGACACUGUCUAGGUUACACGUCUUAAUGGCCAUGUUGGAUUGUUGUAUAAAGUGGGAAAAAUCUGCAGAAAAUGCUAAAUGCAAAAUCUGCAGAAAGAAAUGUGAUGAAACUCGCCUUCUGUUGUGCGACGAGUGUAAUCAAGCUUUCCAUAUGUACUGCUUAAGGCCUGCUCUAUCUAAACUGCCCAGUGGGGAUUGGUUCUGUCCAGCCUGCAUGCCACGUCGACCCCAGUCAAGACCUCUUGAGUCUGAGAGUGAAGCCGAGGAAAAUGAGGAUAAAGAGGAUGUUUGCAGGGAGUGUGGCGGAUCUGACAAACUCAUUUUUUGUACCAAAUGUCCGGCAGCAUUCCAUACACAGUGUCACAAUCCACCUCUUAGGCACCCUCCCAGGGGUGUUUGGGAGUGUUGUGAUUGUAAAAAUGGUGCUAAUGACAGGCGAAGAGGCAAAUAUGCUAGAAAAGUAGCUCCCAAACGCAACUACCGCCAAGAGAUGACUGCAAGUGAGGAGGAAGAAGAUGAAGAAGAAGAGGAAGAAAGUGAGGAGGAAGUCACGCCACAGAGGACGAGAUCUCACCCGGGUAGACCCAAGGGUUCAACACGCAGCAGGGAUAAAAGCCAGACCUCGUCACAGCCGUCAGGUCACACGAGGUCACGCAGCGGUAACCAGCGAGAUGGAAGUUUUAACCAGACGCCAGCCUCGCGGACUUCUCGUAGAGGUCCUUCUGAGUUGUCAUUGUGUGAGGAAAUUUUACACAAAGUUAUGAAACACAAGUCUUCAUGGCCAUUUUUAGAGCCUGUUGAUAAAAAAUCUGUGCCUGACUACUAUACAGUAAUUAAGAAGCCGAUGGAUUUUCAAACAAUGCUGAAGAAGUGUACACGGUUAAGCUAUGCCUCUCCUCAAGAGUUUAUAGAAGAUGCAGCUCUUGUGUUUGAGAAUGCUGAGGCCUAUAAUAAGCCUGACAGUGAAGUUUUCAACUGCAUGCGUGAGGUAGAGAAAGUUUUCAAAGAUGCCCUACACAAGAUGCUCCCCGACUGGCCUUUCUAUAGGACUGUGGCGGAGAAAGAGGAGAACUCAAGUGGCAGUGAUACUGGCAGACGCAGGUCUAGGAACAAAUAAUGCUGAGCACUGUUAGCGCUUAAAACAGGUCCUGUCUUGGAGGGUUGGACACAGAAUGGUGUAAAUAAUAAUGUAAUGUAUAUAGCAUAGCUGAUUUUUAAAACCUUGUGUUAUGUUAUUAGAAAAUUGUACCCUGAUAGAUAUAAGUGACAACUUUAUACGUAUAUUCUAAUUUUUAGUUUACAAAAAAUUGAAGGUUUACACAGAAAAUCAGUCGAUUGACUUUAAAUAAAAAUAAAUAAAUAAAAUAGUACUCCAAGUGUGCUACUUCAAAAGCAAUCAAGUUGUAUAUUACAGUAUGUCAUUCUUUUUUUUUCUGCGCAUGGAUCUUGGCAUUACAAAGGUUACGCAUCAUGAAUAUUGUUAUAUAUGUACAUAUAUUGGUUUUUAUUUUACUUGUACUUAUGUUACAAUGUUUGUCUUUUUAAAGACAACUUUUGUUAGAUGUGUAUUGAAUGCUGAAACUUGAGCAAGAUUUCCUCAAAUGAUGUUAGUUUUUUUUAACAUAAAUAUAAUAUGAUAACAAAGGUAACAGUAAGGGAUAUUUACGCAAAACAUCAAACGUAGAUUUUAAUUAUUUAGUAAUUUCAAAUUAUCUACAUCUCUUAUGUGUUCCAUUGUAUCAAAUGCUGAAAAUGUAUUUUAAAUGCACAAUUGGUCUCUUCAUUUUGCAUAGUGUUUUUUAAAUAACCAAAGUGUAUCAUGAUUUUUAAAAAAAAUUGUAUCAUUUUAUUUUAUGAAAUGUAUAUUGGUAAAAAAAUAUAUUAGAAAAAUGUCAAGAAAUAGUCAAGGAUAAAAAUGUAACAGAACUCUAUUUUAUAGAUGUCUGUUAUAUCUUCCGGUUAAUCCUUGAUUUUUGUUUUUUAAAUUUUAAUGCAAAAUGUUCUUAUUCUGAAAUAAUUUAUUUUUGAAUGUGCAAGAUUAGGAAAAAAAAAAUUCAGUCACACACAAACUGCUUAACAGGUUAAUUCUAUACAAAGAGCCUUAAGUUUGAUUUUGUAGUAUACAGUAUUCUCGCCCUCUCUUCAGCAUCUUGUACAGUUUUAUUCACAAGCCGCACAAUGUCUUUUUUUCAUGCAUGUGACUCCAGUUGAUGUGUAUAUCUAGCAGUGCCAUUUUAUAACCUGCUGUACUAUUUCAUUGUUAGAAUGCUUUUAUGUAUUUGAAAGCACAUGUAAAUCUCCUGCACUUAAGUUUAGAUUUUUGUUGGUCUGAUUAUUUAACCAAUACAAGCUCAACAACAAUUGUGGGCAACACACUUGGUGAAAACGUUCUUGAGAUAGGGUCUUUAAAAUAUUUAGGCAAUAAAUAUAUAUAAAUUAAUUUUAUAAAUUUUAUGUUACCCUGGGGAAAGUAUUCAAUGAAGUAAAAUACUUAAAUAAAAGUAAAAAAAAAUUAAAAUAUUUUUGAGCGAAGCUGAUGAAAUAACUAUACAAAUAAGCGGGUCUAAAAUAAGUUCAUGAUUGUUUUAUAUGAUUAUGUAUUUUUUAAAUAAAUAAAUAGUAUAAAAAUAAUCACACAUUAUGAAUGGCCCAUACAGUUUUACAUAGCUUAGAUUAAAAAAAAAAUUGUGAAUAUUGAGACAAUGAAAAAUGGUUGUGGAAUAGUAAACUCAAAUAAACUUUGGCUUCAGUCCUUUUUUUGAAUGAAACAUAAUCUUAUUUUAAUCAGAGACCUGUUAAGCUAACAAGUUCUCCACUUAUAUUUAUGUUGUAGCCCAUGAUGUCUUUAAUGUUUUAAAAAAAAUUUGUUUGAAAAUAAAUUGUGUAUAUAGCCUUUCUAAGUAAAUGUACAAAGCAAUUCUUGUGCAUAACGUGCAUUGUAUUUGUAUGACUGCCAAAGUUGUUUGAAUGUAUGUAGGUUGAGUGUUGUGAGAAAAUAAUGUUUUAUUUUAUAGAGACAUACAUAGUAAGAUAUAGAAUGGCGUGUGUUAAUGAUUUUAUUUGUUGAAAAAAAUUCUGAUGAUGAUGCUAACUGAAGAUAUAUUCCAUCCAUUGAAACUAAAAUACAUUUUUAAGUGUUGACCAAAAAAAAAAUAAUAAUGUAUUUAAAUUGUUUUGAACAGUUUUUUUUUUUUAGUUUUUGUCUUACUGUACAAUGUGUGAUCAGUGUUGUCAUGGCAACAAUGGUGGACCAAAUAAACUUUGAGU